AGUAUCAUCAGUAUCAUAUUAAUCCCAGCCACUGCCAGCAAGUAAACUAAAGGAGAAAAAGAAAAGCAAUCAGUAUCACUGUUUUCUCUGUUAUGGAGCCAUCUUCUCUUAAUGUGCCCUUUGUCCAAGAAAUAGCAAAGGAAGCCUUGGCAAGAGUUCCUGAGCGUUAUGUUCGUCCACUUCAUGAGCGUCCAAUAAUAUCCACCACCACACCUUUACCCCAAGUUCCUGUCAUUGACCUAAGCAAAUUGUUGUCACAAGACUUCAAGGGACCUGAGCUGGAAAAUCUACACUAUGCCUGCAAAGAAUGGGGAUUUUUUCAGCUGAUUAAUCAUGGAGUCAACGGUUCAUUGGUGGAGAAAGUGAAGAAAGGUGCUGAAGAUUUCUUUAAUCUUCCAAUUGAAGAGAAGAAAAAGUUUGGGCAAAGAGAAGGAGAAGGUGUGGAGGGAUAUGGUCAAGCAUUCGUAGUCUCCGAGGAGCAGAAAUUAGAGUGGGCAGAUAUGUUUUUCAUGUUCACUUUGCCACCACACUUAAGGAAACCCUGCUUAUUCCCCAAAAUUCCCUUACCAUUCAGAGAUGACUUAGAGACCUAUUCUGCCGAAUUAAAAAACCUUGCGAUCCAAAUCAUUGACCUUAUGGCAAAUGCGCUUACUGUGGACACCGAGGAAAUUAGAGAAUUAUUUGGUGAAGGGAUUCAAUCAAUGAGGAUGAAUUAUUAUCCACCAUGUCCCCAACCAGAGCUUGUGAUGGGACUCAAUCCCCACUCUGAUGGUGGAGGCCUCACUAUCCUUCUCCAAGUCAAUGAAGUAGAAGGUCUACAAAUUAAAAAAGAUGGAUCAUGGAUUCCUAUUAAACCCCUCCCCAAUGCUUUCAUCAUCAACCUUGGAGACAUGUUAGAGAUAAUGACGAAUGGAAUUUAUCGAAGCAUAGAACACCGAGCAACAGUUAACAUUGGAAAGGAAAGAGUUUCAGUGGCUACAUUUUACGGGCCUGGAAGUGAAGUAAUUGUGCGUCCAGCAGCGAGCCUUGUUACUGAAAAAACACCAGCAGUGUUCAAAACAGUGAGUGUAGCCGAAUACUACAGGGGAUACCUCUCAAGAGAACUCCGUGGGAGAUCAUACCUUGAUACCAUCAGGAUACAAAACAAAGAUCACAAAAGCUCUUAGAACUUUACCAUUCGUCGAAACAGAAUGAUUAUACAACCCUAUCAAUUUCAGUGCCACAAAACCUUCGUCUUUUUUUUCUUUUUUUCUUUUAAUUAUGUCGUAAACAAUUGAUAAAAAUAAGUUCAUCACGUGUUCUGAUUCUUC